CAUCGUCUGUGUAAUAACUACAACGCACCACUUUGGUCCAGAAUUAUAAUUUGCUUGUUCCUUAAGUGUUAUAUAUUGUUAAAACUUUAAUCCCUGUCCCAUCAAACCAACAAGAGCGAUCACAUCCAUUUUUUAACGUUAUAAAAUUAUUAAUAAUCAGUUAGUAGAAUUAUUAGAUUAAUUUGUUACCUAACAAGAUAAAACGUAAUUCUUUGCAGGUUGUACUCGAUGGAUCACUUAAGAGGCCAUGUUGCUGUAGUAACCGGAUGCAGUGCUGGCAUUGGAGCGGCACUGGCAAUGAAGCUAGUCAAAGCUGGUCUUAUCGUCGUGGGAUUGGCAAGAAGGAUUAUUAGACUUCAGGAGUUAAAAACAGCAAUGGAGGAAAAUAAUAUGGUUGGUAAAUUUUAUCCAUUGGAAUGUGAUUUGACGAAUGAAAAUGACAUAUUGAAAGCUUUUAAAUGGAUCGAUGACAACCUCGGUGGUAUACAUUUUCUAAUUAAUAAUGCUGGAAUUGUUAGAAUAUCUUCCAUAAUGGGUGGUUCUACGGACAAUUGGCAAGAAGUAAUCAACUGCAACGUUAUGGCUCCAGCAAUUUGUUCGAAAGAAGCUUAUAAGUUAAUGAAAAAGCAUGACGUCAUUCAUGGACAUAUUAUUCAAAUUAACAGUAUAACGGGCCAUUCGUACUCAGUGAAUCCGGGAAAUAAGAUGUAUAACGCGUCGAAACAAGCCCUGAGAGUGUUAACUGAAGGUCUUCGUCACGAAAUUGCUGCAGCCGGAGAUGGUCAUAUAAAAGUUUCUAGCAUCAGCCCUGGUUUCGUGGAUACAGAAAUAUUUGACGCGGCCAAAAUACAUAAAUCAAAAUUGAAUCCGUCUGUUACGCUGAGCGCAGAAGAAAUGGCCGACAUGAUUAUUUUUGUCAUGGCAACCCAACCAAAUAUCUUGAUUGCUGAAAUGAUAGUUCUCAGCCGAGGUCGUACAAUACAAACAUAUCCAUCAUAACGAAAGAGCUUUUAUUCAGUUGGAGUUGUUUUACGCAGAGGUUUCCAUUCUUCCAGAUAUCUUUCCGUACACGACUUUAAUAAUUUUAGUGCUUAUGUUAUUAUUGUUAUUAUUAUUAUUGUUAUUGUAAAUAUUGUU